AGAGGACUCAAGAAUUUACAGAAUCAGAUUUUUCAGAAAGUAAAAGAAACAAAAAGGAGAUAAAAAUGGGAAAGGUAUGAGGCAUUUUUCAAUGAAAGUAUGUGAAAAAGUUCAACGUAGAGGAACAACUUCAUACAAAGUUACUGAUGAGCUGAUAUCAGAAUUCACAAAUUCUAACAGCCACCUAGCUACAGAUUCGGCUUACGUUCAGAAAAACAUUAGAUGGAGAAUUUACGAUGCCCUUAAUGUGCUGAUGGCGAUUAACAUAAUUUCAAAGGAGAAAAAGGAAAUCAGAUGGAUCGGCCUUUCUACAAACUCAGCUCAAGAAUGUCAGAAUCUAGAGAUUGAAAAACAGAAGAGGAUUGAACGGAUAAAAGAGAAGCAAGCACAGCUACAAGAACUGCUGCUGCAGCAAAUAGCAUUCAAAAACUUGGUACAAAGAAAUCAGCAAAACGAACAACAAAAUCAAGGCCCUCCAGCUUUGAACUCAACAAUACAGCUGCCUUUCUUAAUAGUCAAUACUAGCAAAAGAACAGCCAUUGACUGCAGCAUAUCAAGUGAUAAAUUUGAAUACCUCUUUAAUUUUGAUAACGCUUUUGAGAUUCAUGACAGUGAGGUGCUGAAGAGAAUGGGAACGUCCUUUGGACUUGAGGCAGGCAGAUGCUCAGCUGAAGACCAAAGAACUGCAAAGUCACUGGUGCCAAAAGCUUUAGAAGGCUACAUCACAGGAUGUUCAUUUCAAAGAUUACGUGAAGAUGAAAAGGUAUUAGGAAUAACCAGGUUGACAGAGUUAGUAAAAGCAGUGUUUAUUUUGCUUAUCGCAUUUGUUGCAAUUAUAGUAGUUGUACCAUGGCUGUUGCAAUGUUUGCAAAAAAUGAUUAAUCGUUCGAUGUGCAUGAUCUGGCUUGUGGAAACAAAAAAAGGGGGAAUUAUGGAUGACCAGUUUGGUGAUAAACUAGAGCUGAUUGUUACGGUGGUGCACUAAGGGUUAAGAAGAAGGGCAUAGAGUAGUAA